AUGUGUCCCCUAACUCUGCUUGCAGUGCCAGGAGACGCACCCGGCUUGCGGUCAUUGCGCCAAAUCGGGACUCAAAUGCGAAUACCCAAACUCCCCGGCUAUAGUGCAUCAGCACUUCAUGCUGCGGUGUUAUCCACAUCACCCCAUAGGGAACGAGAACAUCUGGACGCACGAGGUCCCGUGCCUGUCUCAGAGCUACGAAUUCCUCAUGCACGCCAUCCUCGGCAUGGCCGCCUGCGACCUGAUGAACACGGACCCGAGCCUCCUCGUCUUCGUCAUGGCGCACCGCAUCAAGGCCAUCGAGGCCAUCAAGAAGUCUCUGGCCGAGCUGGCCCGGCAGCAGGCACGACCUCGGAGCACGCCAACGCGCUGGUGGCGACGUGUUUCGCGCUGACGUUCCAGUCGGUGACGUUGGAGGACGGCAUGGCCGAGUACAUGACCUUCAUCCGCGGCAUCCUCAUCGUCGGCACGCUGAUGUGGAUCAAGGGCAUCAAGCCCAUCUUCGUGAACGUCAUGGGCGAGGAUUCGAGCGCCGUGCUGGAGCCCAGAAUGGCCGACCUGCCGCUGAUUCGGAGGGAGUGGGCGGACGGCGCGGUCGAGGCGAUUGGUGGGCUGAGAGGGCUUUGCCGGGACGUGGUGGAGGUUGAGUAUUUCGAACUCAUCAUGGCGAUGGCGACGAAGCUGCACACGUCGUCAUGGGAAGCAUACCAAACCUUGACAAAGCACUACGGCUGGUGGAUCCAGCUCCCGCACGAGAAGUUCCAGCGCGUCAUCGACACGGGGAACCAGACGAUGAUCCUCCUGGCGAGCCACUGGAUCGCGCUGAAGCAGAUCAUGGCCUUCAUCACCAACGCCGAGCACGAGUGUCGCGAGAAGGCGCCGCCGCCAAAGGAGGAGAGCGCCGCCGACCCGGGCACCAUCCGCUGGCUGGGGUAUCUCAACAAGCAGGUCGACCACGAGCACCUCAUAUACAAUCGGUGGCCGGUAUGGGUCGAGGCACGGCUGAAACAAGAUUUGGGGUUCUUCGGAAAGAGAUGCUGA